CUCUCUCUGAUGGAUUUUGGGAGUCUUAAACGUCAAGCGGUAGGUGAGAGCUGGUCGUGCGAGGACAGGGGGAGCAGAAGGAGCUGCAGAGGGAGGAGGGAAUCUCCUGGUGCCGGGGCUGAGCACGCGGCGAUCUCUGGAACGGCUCCGCGGAACUCCCCGGGCGCAGCCGAUCAAAACAGAAGUGGGAACAGGUGAGCUGUGGCGUGCCAGACCUCAAGUUUUAAUGUUUUUUAUGUAGCUUUUUUUUUUCUUUUUUUUAAAAAAAAAAUACGAAUGGAUGAAUGAAGAAGGAUUUUAUUGAAGGAAGGGGAGGAAAAAAUGAAGUGGUUUGGAACAAACUGAGAUCUUCCCCCGCACCUCCCGGGCCAUGGGUGAGACAGACCUGCUGAGCACCACUGCCACCCUUGGGUGUCUGCUGGGGUUGUAAAGGAGCUCCCUGAACGCCCCCUUCCAGGUCCCCCCCAGUUCACCUGCUGGGAAAUGGUCGCUGCCGAGAGGAUUUAAUGCCAUUCCUGUCGGUUCCCAGCCGCCGAGUGGGUACCGAGCCCGUGGAAGGGCCUGGGGCUUCAGGAGAAAGGAGCAAGUAGGAAAACCCACAGUGUGCCAGACCUUCCCCUCCGCCCCCCUCGAAAGAAAGGAUUUACAGCUCAACCUUGCACCAGCUGUUCCUCGGCUUUAACAGACAAGAGAGAAAUAAAUAAAAUUAAACGGCCACCGCCAGCCAGCCCCGGAUCCCGGCGAAAUCAGGGAGAGUGUUUCCGUGACCCCUCCAGCGAGGGGAGGAGGAGGAGGAGGAGGAGGAGGCACGGCAGCCGCGAGGAAGCCGGGGCAGAUUGCUUGGAGACCACCCCCUCCUCCCGUGCAGCCCCGGCACCGCGGAGGAGGCGGAUUAAAAAGGAGAAGUGGCUUCCCUGAGGCUCCCGGAGUGGCUUUUUCGCAAGGAGUUUGCUGAUCCCGUGCUCCUCCCGGGGUGCUGGCCGGGUGGGAAGCGCCGAGCGAGCCUGGGGAAUUCCCUCCCCUGGGAACCUUGGCUGCCUGUUUCCUGACGGAGAGCGAGGCUCGCGAGGGGCUCCCGGCAUUCCCGCUCCGACGGCUGUUUGAAACUCAAAUCCCCUGCCCUGCUCUGAAUUUUUGAUGGUUUUAAACCUCCUCCCCUGCGCCCGAGAGCUCUCGCAGGGCAGGGCGUAGGGUGGGCUCCUCUCCUGGGCCACCAGCUCCAGAGGCUUGUCCGGAUUAUCCGUCCAGGUCGGAGCUUGGCCUGGGAGCGGGCGCGGAGGCCGGGAAGGGGUCGGCCCUUGUCCCCCUCCCCUUCUUGUCCUGCUCUGACUCCCUCGGGGCCUGGGCUAUGCUGCGGGGCGGACCCCCCACCACAGCUCCAACAUGCCAGCAGCCUCUGGAAAGAGAUUCAAACCCAGCAAGUACGUCCCGGUCUCCGCUGCUGCCAUCUUCCUAGUGGGAGCCACCACCCUCUUCUUUGCCUUCACGUGCCCGGGGCUCAGUCUCUACGUCUCCCCCAUCAUCCCCGCCUACAAUGCCGUCGUCUUCCUCUUCGUGCUCGCCAACUUCAGCAUGGCCACCUUCAUGGACCCGGGCAUAUUCCCACGAGCUGAGGAGGACGAGGACAAGGAGGACGAUUUCCGGGCCCCUCUCUACAAGACGGUGGAGAUCAAGGGCAUCCAGGUGCGCAUGAAGUGGUGCGCGACCUGCCGCUUCUACCGCCCGCCGCGCUGCUCCCACUGCAGCGUCUGCGACAACUGCGUGGAGGAGUUCGACCACCACUGCCCCUGGGUCAACAACUGCAUCGGGCGGCGCAACUACCGCUACUUCUUCCUCUUCCUGCUGUCGCUCACCACGCACAUCAUGGGGGUCUUUGGCUUCGGGCUGCUCUACGUGCUCUACCAGGUGGAGGAGCUCUCCGGCGUCCGCAUGGCCGUCACGAUGGUGGUGAUGUGCGUGGCCGGGCUGUUCUUCAUUCCCGUCGCUGGCCUGACGGGGUUCCACGUGGUGCUCGUGGCCAGGGGCCGCACUACCAACGAACAGGUAACGGGCAAGUUCCGUGGGGGUGUCAACCCCUUCACCAACGGCUGCUGUAAGAACGUCAGCCGGGUCCUCUGCAGCUCCCCAGCCCCCAGGUACCUCGGGCGCCCGAAGGCCGAGCAGACGGUGCUGGUGAGACCCCCCUUCCUGCGGCCCGAGGUGUCGGAUGGUCAGAUCACCGUCAAGAUCAUGGACAACGGUAUCCAGACAGAGCUGAAGAGGACGAAGUCCAAGGGGAGCCUGGAAGUGACGGAGAGCCAGUCUGCUGACGCCGAGCCGCCACCCCCACCUAAGCCCGACCUCAGCCGCUACACGGGCCUGAGGACACACUUAACCCUGGCCACCACCGAGGACAGCAGCCUGCUAGGCAAGGACAGCCCCCCGACUCCCACCAUGUACAAGUACCGGCCCGGCUACAGCAGCAGCAGCAGCUCGGCGGCCCUGCCCCACUCCACCAGCGCCAAGCUGAGCCGAGUGAACAGCCUGAAGGAGCCCAACUCCAUCUGCGAGAGCGGCCACAAGCCCAGCUACCGCUCGGAGCCGAGCCUGGAGCCCGAGAGCUUCCGCUCGCCCACCUUCGGCAAGAGCUUCCACUUCGACCCCCUGUCCAGCGGCUCCCGCUCCUCCAGCCUCAAGUCGGCGCAGGGCACGGGCUUCGAGACGGGCCACCUCCAGUCCAUCCGCUCCGAGGGCACCACCUCCACCUCCUACAAGAGCCUGGUGAACCAGACGCGCAACGGCAGCCUCUCCUACGACAGCCUGCUCACGCCCUCCGACAGCCCUGACUUCGAGUCGGUGCAGGCGGGCCCGGAGCCCGACCCGCCCGUGGGCUACACCUCGCCCUUCCUGUCGGCCCGCAUCGCCCAGCAGCGAGAGACCGACCUGCACGGCCGCUUCGCCGGCGCCGCCUCCCCCAAGCACGCGGCGCCCCGCGAGCCCUCGCCCGUGCGCUAUGACAAUCUGUCCCGCCACAUCGUGGCCUCCAUCCAGGAGCGGGAGAAGCUGCUGCAGCAGCCGCCGGCCCCGGGCCGGGAGGAGGACGCGGGGCUGGCGGACUCGGGCAUCCAGUCGACGCCGGCCUCCAGCAACGCCCCCCGCACCAGCUCCUCCUCGGACGAUUCGAAGCGCUCGCCGCUGGGCAAGAACCCGCUCACCCGCCCGGCCCUGCCCCGCUUCGGGAAGCCCGAGCCCCCCCCGGCGCUGCGGGUGCGCUCGCUGGGCUCCCCCGACCAGCCCGCCGCCCCCCACCUGGGCAAAUCCGUGUCUUACAGCAGCCAAAAAACAGCCUCGCAGGCUGGCGGCCCCGAGACGGAGGAGGUGGCCUUGCAGCCCUUACUGGCACCAAAGGACGAGGUGCAGAUGAGAACAGCCUACAGCAAGUCCAACGGGCAGCCCAAGAGCCUGGGCUCAGCCCCGCCGGGCCCCGUGCCCCUCAGCAGCCCCACCCGCGGCGGCGUCAAGAAGGUGUCGGGCGUGGGGGGCACCACCUACGAGAUCUCGGUAUGAGGGGCAGAGCCGCUCCUCGCCCCCUCCCCUCCUCCCCGGCGGCCCCCAGGGACGCGCUGCCCGACGCUCGUGGACUCCCGGGGGGAGCCAGGCGGGGGCACGGCCCAGCUGCACCCCCUGCCCUUCCCUUCUCCACCCCCUGGGCCGCAGGGGCUGGCACACACCCUCGGGGGGAUGGGGGAAGACUCUGGGGGGAAAAGGGGAGGGGGAAGCUGCAGCCCCGGCACCGCCUCGGCUGCGCCAGCCACCUGUGGGCCUUGUGCAAUCACCCGCUCGCCUGGCGUGGUAGGAACGGAUUGUUUUUAAACCAGAAUACUUUUUUUUAUUAUUAUUAUUAUUGUUACGGAUUCUAUUUUUUUUCUCUUUCCGAGUUACCAGGUGUGUGUAUAUAUAAAUAUCUAUAUAUAUAAA